UCUAUGAACGCGCGGCGCGAAGUUUGCAAAAUGGCGGACGCCGGCUUCGUUCAGCGCGUUCAAGAUGUCAAAAAAUCUAACGUUUUAGUUGUCGGCGCUGGCGGUAUCGGCUGCGAGCUACUUAAAAACCUAGUGCUCUCCGGCUUCUCCAGCAUUGAAGUCAUCGACUUGGAUACAAUAGACGUGAGUAACUUGAACCGGCAAUUUCUGUUCAGGAAGGAGCACGUCGGAAAGUCGAAAGCCUUCAUCGCCAAGGAAAGCGCCGAGAAGCUUGACCCGCACGUACAGAUUGCGGCUCACCAUGACAGUAUAAUGAAGCCCGAGUAUGGACUGGACUUCUUCAAGCGCUUCGACAUUGUCAUGAAUGCUCUUGACAAUCGCAGUGCGCGCAGCCACGUGAAUCGGAUGUGCCUGGCCGCCAAAGUGCCGCUGAUCGAGAGCGGCAGCGCCGGGUAUUUGGGGCAAGUAACGCCCAUCUUCAAAGGAGUCACCGAAUGCUACGAGUGCCAGCCACAGCCUGCCGAGAAGACUUAUCCGGGAUGCACCAUUCGCAACACGCCUUCGGAGCCGAUACACUGCAUUGUGUGGGCAAAGCACCUCUUCAACCAGCUUUUCGGCGAAGCUGACCCCGACGAAGACGUAUCGCCGGACUCUACGGAUCCCGAGCUCAGAGGGGAAGUUAGCCUAGAGGAAAUGCUCAAACAAAACACAGACGCCACAGGCAACGUAUGCCGCGUCUCCACGCGUCUCUGGGCCACGCAGUGCGGUUACGACCCGCAGAAGCUCUUUAACAAACUCUUCGGUGACGACAUUCGGUACCUGCUGCAGAUGGAGAAGCUGUGGUCACGCAGAAAGCCUCCGACACCUCUGCAGUGGGACAACUUGCCGGACACGACGGCUUGCAGCAGCAGCGACGACUCGGCUGACUCUGGCAUGCUCGACCACCGGCGCUGGAGUUUGGACCAGUGCCGCCGAGCUUUCAACGAUUCCGUUGGAAGGCUGAAAGCCCGAGCAGUGGAGCUCAGUGAAGGCGACCAUUUGGUGUGGGACAAAGACAACGACGAGUGUAUGGAUUUUGUGACUGCUUGCGCCAACCUCCGUGCCCACUGCUUUGGUAUACCCCAGACUAGCAGGUUUAAUGUAAAAGCAAUGGCAGGAAAUAUCAUCCCUGCCAUAGCAACAACUAACGCCAUCAUUGCAGGCAUUAUAGUGCUUCAGGCUUUCAAGCUUCUGCAAGGGAAGUUGGAAGAUUGUAGAACAAGCUGUAAGCAGGUGUUCUUAAAUAAGCAGCCCUCAUCAACAAAAAAGCUUAUUAUUCCGGCUCAGCUUGUUGGUCCCAAUCCUAAGUGUUACACAUGCUCAUCAAAGUCGGAGCUCUACAUUGCCCUUAACACUAAGCAGAUGACUGUUGGCACUUUUGAGGAUAAGGUGCUCAAGGAACAAAUUAGAAUGGCAGCACCCGAUGUGGAGCUUGAUGACGGCAAAGGGACCAUUGUCAUUUCAAGUGAAGAAGGUGAAACUGAUUCAAAUCGGGCUAUGCAUCUUGCAAGCUUAGGUGUCACUCAUGGUUCACGGCUUCGCUGUGAUGACUUCCUGCAAAAUUUUAAGGUUACGGUUAACAUUAUCCAUGAUGAAAAUGCAGAUGGCACAGCGAUUGAAAUCGCAGGCGACGUCUCCCAGCUAAAACCUGAUAAUGAUGUAGUAGACAGUAAUAACCAUAAGGAUGAUGAGAGCAAAGGGCAACGUGGCUUUGAUGACACUAGCACUGACGACUUGUGUAUCAUUGAAAAUGAUGAUGAGGAGGCAAUGGAAAUUGACAGGAAAAACCUGAAACGCAAAGUGUCGGACGACACUGAAGAUGUAAAUGUCAAGAGGGCUUGUGUUGUGAUUGAUUGAUGAAACCUGCUGUUAAGUUGGUUUAACCAAAACUGUUCUAAGUGACAGGUAUUUUUUUAAAACCUUGUGCAAGUUGCGCAUUAUGUUACACAUCAUGCUAUAAGUUAUGAAUCUGUUUACUAAGUCUGCAGGUUCGAACCAUAUCGAAUUGUAACAUUUUCUUCAAUAAAUGUGACAUGCUGAAUUUGAGCA